AUGCAAUCUCUCGUCCUCCCCCAUUCCUUUGCGGCAUCAGAAUUCGGACGUCUUCGAUUCCCAGGCCCCGAGCGGCAUCUGUUGAAUCGGCCUCGAUCUGCAAAUGCUCGACGGUUCACGCCUCGGGAUCUUCCUCUCCCCUGCUCUAUGUCCAGCUCAGUCCCAGCAGAGGACCCGCUGGAGACCCUAGGAAAAGUGAGGCGGCCUGGACAUCCAGACCUGCCAAAGCCGGUAACGACUGCUACUGGCACUUCCGUUGGCGCAGCAUCAGCGACUACCGCAGGGCCUAUCCUUUCUCCGACGUCUCCUGACGCAGCUCGAGAACCUGCGUUGCAGCGCCUCGUAACAGCACCGGCAGACGAGGCGCUGCGGCAGUCGCUCGCAUUCAGCGAGCCAUUUUCAUCCUCGCAUUUUCCUCCAGCAUUUACAGGACAGUCAUCCUCACAGCCCUCAACGGCGGCGUAUCCGCCACCAACGUUUGGGGCUGCAGCAACCGCACCUGCGUCUCAUACAUUGCCGCAAAAGACCACCCGACGAACAAAGGCUCACGUUGCAUCGGCAUGUGUCAACUGUAAGAAAAAGCAUCUGGGCUGUGACCCGGCCCGGCCGUGCCGGAGAUGUGUAUUAUCUGGUAAAGCUGAAACUUGCGUCGAUGUCACUCAUAAGAAGCGAGGGCGGCCACCGUUGAAAGCGGAAGAUGGUUCAAUCCGAACGUAUGCAACGCAGAUGGAUCACAGGGGACAACCAGGGGACCACGGAGCCGCGAGACGCCCGAUGCAUCGUGCGACCUCCUCCCGCGAAAUUCGGCCUAUGACUGAUCUUCAGAUCCAUCCCGCGCAAACAGCGAUGAUGAGUGGACGACCACCAGUACAGCACCAACGAUGGCCGGCCGUGGUAUAUCCACCUGGUAUAGACCCUUCACUGACAACGCAAAGGACGAUGGGCCAUAGACGAUUUUCUUCUUCCGGAUCUGCUCAAUCAAUGACUUCUGUUACGCCACCAGGCUAUAUGACUGUUCCCGCAGGUUACAACCCGGCUCUGGUAGCUGGCCGUAUGCCUGCUGGUGUUGGUAGACAUUCAAUGUCAUCUUACCCAAACCCGCCAAUGCACCCCACUGCAUCACCACCACAAUAUCACCAACCCUACGGUGUCCCAUUUUCUCCUUACCCUGAACAUACUGGAAUUGGGAACCGUAUGUCAAUGGGCGAGGGACCUGGCCAGAGAGACCCUCGUGAGGGGCUGUUAGAGUCCCCGGUCAGACUUCCCCCUAUUUAUCCUUCGCCGGUAGCCAACCCUCAGCCACCCCGACCCAGCGAACCUUAUACAGCGGCGUGGUCGCCAUCGCAUCAACAAACCCAAGAUUUUCGCCAGCAUCAGACAGGGUUUAUGGAGCCGAUAUCCCCUAGUAACCAAAUGCGCCCACCUGUCACCGACGUUGGUCAAAUGAGCCAUCUCAGCGCAUUGUCUCCUACAGAAGCUCAGUCGCAACGACUGCCACCCCCUCGCACAUACGAUGAGCAACGCGAGCACGAAGGCGAUGAUGGAGACUCGUCGAGGCCCGCGAAGCGCCGUAAAAUGGCACUGGAUGACAUGGUCAACGACUAA